UCUUCUCUACCUUUUCCCGCCAGCGUCAUCUUGCUUCAAUCCGAUCAUUUGCCUACCGUCCGCCAUGGCGGACAGCACAAAACUGAAUCGUCCAAUCCGAUCAGAAGCCAACCCUCCUCCUUCCAUGAUCCGCAAGCUCGGAGAAGAUCUCCUGUUUCAUUUCCCACUACGGGAGCUUGAAGGAACCGCCACCUCUGCUUAUCCACUCCAACGACGCGAGCGACCUGACGAGCUUUAUGCCGCCCAUGCCGAUUACAGCUCGAUUCGGUUUCCGAGUCUUGGAUUGCUUCAAGGAUCUGUUCUUAUGCGGGUAUGGGGAUAU